AUGGCAAAUGCUGGCAAACCUACAGCGGAUGAAGCCCCAGCUCCGAUGCGGUAUGACACUCUUGAAGCUCACCCGCCGAUGCCAACGAUAAAUGCCCCAAAGCCGACGCCGAGUCAAAAGACUGGGAAGACCUUGCUAUCUGGUACGGAGGCGACGCAUCAUCAUCAAUCUCUAGAUGAUAUCGUAGACACCAAAUCCGUGACGAGCUACGCAGUCACCGUAAAAGACUUGGACGGAAAAGGCAUCGAUCUACCGCCUCCUCCAAAAGCUGCUACCUGCGACAAAGACUUCGAGUGCCCAUACUGUUGGAUCGUCUGCCCUGCACGAUAUGGCAAAGGCCGAGCAUGGAAAACACAUCUGCUACAAGACCUCCAGCCGUACAUUUGUACACACCGAGACUGCGAGAGUUCCGAACUGCUCUUCCGUAGUCGUCGGGAGUGGGCGGAACACGAAGCGACUCAUCGCAAACUAUGGCGCUGCCCUGAGCACGUGAACGCCCUAUACAACACCCAAGCUGGUCUUGAGAAUCACCUUCGGCAGGAACAUAUCGGCAGCUUUCCCGAAGAUCAGAUAGCUAUCAUGGCUAAGAUUGGAGAGACCAUAGCUGUGGACUCGCGGGAGAAGUGCCCGAUUUGUUUCGUUUCCACGGCUACUGAAGGUUUGGGCGACCUGCAGAGCCACAUUGCUAAUCAUUUGGAGCGCCUUGCUACCUUUGCACUGCCUCAUGGUAGAGAAGACGACGAAGACGGUGCAAGCAGUGUGGCAAGCCGUGGGAGCUCCAAUUCUCAGUCUUUGCCCGAGUCGAUAAGUACCGGUUCAAGCAAUGAGAUGGUCGCGCUUAACCGAGAUCUGGAAACUGAACAGCCAGUUGAGACGGAGCUCAAUGAGGAAGACCGCCUGCUGCUACAACUCAAGGAAGAGGAGCAAUUGCCAUGGAAGGAGGUCGCAGCGCGCUUCCACGAGACCUUUGGCAGGCAGUACGAAAUACCAGCGAUGCAGAAGCGUCGUAAGCAACUGAGAGACGAGAGGUUCAAGCGAGAUCUUGAGUCUGUGAUUAAUGAGGAAGAUCUCCUACUACUACAGCUAGGGGACACAGAGAACGUGUCUUGGGAGGAUAUCGCAGCGCGCUUCCAGAAAGCCUUUGGCAAAGAGUACAUAACACCCAGAUUCCAGUCUCGAAUUGAGCGACUAUACAAGGGGCCGAGGAAGCAGUCACUCCAGUCAGUGGGGACCAGCCCAGAUUUGCUGUCCGCAGAGAUGCUACAGCAACUUCCAGACGAAAGUCAAAAUCGAUUGGCAAUGUUUUCAAAUCAAGUGGACGACCUGGACGACUCGGAAGACGAGCUACCCGAAAAUGAACAGACUGAUGAGAACAUAUUGCCCGAGCACCAGAAACAUCUGGAAGAACGGGAGGCGUUUAGACAACACGUCUCAUCGUUACCAGGAGUUCUAUCGGUACGAUUCUAUCGCGGCUACGGCUCAUGGACUGGCCUUAUCACGUUCGCCGAUGAUCUGGUGGGCGGACAAGCAACUGCGCUGUUUGACGCUCAACGAUUCCCCAACGUUGUGUUCAAGAGUAAAAAGAACAAAAGCAAGUGGACAUUUACCAGAAUCGCUGGCACAAGCAAGAAGGACGGUUCCUUCGUCCGCCAGCCAACGGUGGAUACACAGACCACUGAAGAAGCCGAGAUUCUUCCAUCCGGGUCCGACACGUAUGACGAAGAAGACGAAGAAUCAAGCAAACAACCAAUCAUCACGACUGCCGAGAUCCCUACGCUACGCUCGCUUUAUCAGUCCAGGCGGCUGUUGCAGCGCGAUCAAAGCUUUGCGCCAAACGAUGCUUACAAUCAGAUGAUCUCGUUCUGUCAUUACGACCUAACGAGAUUGAAGGUGGAUGCCAUCGUCAGCAAUGCUUCAGGUAACUUCCAAGCCAAUCCUGAUCCAGAUUCUCUGCAUCACUCUAUCUAUAAAGCCGGCGGUUCAGGUCUCAGAGAAGAGGCGAGAUCGAAAGCCAAGGUCAAAGUGGGCCAGGUCGAGCUCACACACGGCCACAAUCUUCCAAGCUCAUGGGUAAUUCAUGCAGCUGCACCAGGAUAUACAGGCCGCAAAGGAGUUGGCCAAUUCAACGUUCUUUCCGAGUGCUAUCGGAGUGCCAUGAGAAUGGCGGCUACCUACGAGUUCAAGACAAUUGCCUUUCCUUGCCUGGGUACUGGGGGUUGCAUGUUCCCUGCACGUGUCGCUGCACGCAUAGCGCUACAAGAGAUAAGGGAAUACCUGGAUUCGCAUCCUACACAUCGACCCGAGCGCAUCAUCUUCUGCGUACGGGCAGCAGUCGAUGAGAAGGCGUAUACCGACUUCUUACCGGUAUUCUUCCCACCCACACAUGGAGACUUGGACAGAGCAAGAACUUCAGACUGGUCCGCGAAUCGUGCUGCGCUGGCAGCUCAGGUACUAGAGGCACGUACGCAACUUCAAAAUGCAUUGACUGCAAUCACUGUCACCUACGACUUUGGCACGCAAAGUACGGUCUGUGCUCACGACAUGCGCAGGAUCGACUCUAUGCUGAGUUCGAUCCGCAAAUAUCUCUUAGGGUCUAAAGAGCUCAAGCGCAGUCUGGGCGAUCUCAACUUACUAUGUUCCGUCAUUCUUACGGCAUGUGCUGACAUCAUGGAUAUGGCCGAGCGAGCACGUAAACAGGGGCCUGCUGGGAAUCCGCAGUCUAUCUGGACCGAAGCCAACACCGAUAUACGAGCCAAGCAUGGAUUUGAGCUUACGAGUGUCUUUGACUACAGCUGGAUCUUCGCCAACAGCUUAGAAGAGGUCCUAAUACUUGGCAAAGCAGAACCAGAUGCGAUGGGAAGAGCGCGUCAGAUCUUGGAGACCUAUGGUGUCAAGCAGAAGGGCCAAGAUGCCGAAGGUAUCCGCGACCACCUGGAUGAGGUGCUGUACGUGCGUGAGGCUGAACGGCCUACCCCCAAAAUUCGCGGACUCAUCCAAAUUCAUCAAAUACCCCCCGUAGCGAGGCUCUACAUACUGGGCCAACUGGAAGCGAAGCCCACCAUGGCGAAACCGUCCACGCUAUUCAACCACACUGUCUGCCUACUGAGAGAGGACAUCACAAGACUGGAAGUCGACAUCGUGGUAAACUCAACCGACCCAAGCUUCUCCGGCAUGGGCACUCUAGAUCGCAGCAUCUUCAAGAAAGGAGGUGAUGAGUUGCGCUCGGAAGUCUCAACCUUCGGCAAAUGUGAAGAAGGCGACGUCAAAGCAACUGCCGGAUACCUUCUCCCAGCCAAACAUAUCCUCCAUGUCGUUCCGCCUGGAGUGUUUAGAAGCGAUACCAAGAACAUUUUGAGGAACAUCUACCGAGCAGUCUUGCAUGAUGCCGUACUCAUGAGGGCAACUUCCAUUGCGAUACCGAGUAUCGGAACCGGCAUGCGGAAUUACCCGCGGCGCGACUGCGCGUCGUUGGCGAUGGAGGAAGUGAAACGCUUUCUGGAAUCCGCUGAACCGGGUAAUGGGCUUGAUAAGAUCAUAUUCGUUGUCUUCUCUUCCAAUGACGAGUUCGUCUACAAGAGCCUUUUGCCGGUCUACUUUCCGCCAACGAAGGGUAACACAUCGCCUACUAUCGUGGCGAAACAGCCUGCGCAGGUCGAGGGAAGCUCUUCUUCGUCAUUACCGGUUCCCACGGAUCCGCCCUCUCUGCCGGUUGCUGGAACGGAGGCCUCCCCCAAGGUGGCCUCUGCCCUCAACUUCGCAAUGACGGAACCUAUGGGUCAAGCCGCGGCCAACACCGAGGUCAGAUCCGGCAAGCAGCCAGUAAAGUCACGGGCCUGGAAUGACGAUGAAGCCAAAACUUUGAUGGACUUCGAACUACAUGUCGGAACUUGCAAAGUGUGCGAAACCGGUCUCUAUGAGAGGACCCAAAGGCUCUGCGAGCCCGGCUUCCACUUCGCCCAAGCUGUCCUGCAGCGAACAGAGAUGUCUGAAGAUGCGCUUGUGUAUAGCAAAGCGGACGAGCAGGGUGAAAGAGAACAGCUGGAGAUACCAGUGGAACGAUUGCCCAGCUCGAUGCUGUUACUCUCUACCGUUGCAAAAGGCGGACGUUAUGUCUUCGAGGAUACAUCCACUCAAGUCACAAAGUCUGACACGACGGACUCUGAUGCGCUUUUGUCGGAGCACUCUACGGUACCAAAUGACCCGGACAAUAUUGCUCAGGCUACAGAACAACCAGCGGUAGUCCGAGUGGAAGUCUUAUCCCCGCGUACCGAUAGUGGAGACUGGUUCUACUCAUGGGUUCGAGUCUUCAAGAGCAACAUCGAGAUGUACUCUGGGGAUUAUGAUCCUGAUCCAUACGGAGAAUCUACUGGACAUAUGCCGUAUGCGUCCAUAGAUUUUACCGAUACCACCACAAACGUGGACGGCGGCAAAGGCAACAUUGUGUCUUUGUGGACUGUACCGCGAGGACCAGAUCAAGGAGAAACAUGGCAUUUCCGUAGCUCUGAAGUUGCUGAUUCGAUCGCGCUUUUGGAACUUUUCAAACGGGCCAUCAAUCGUGGUCGCCAGGAGCGGGAGAAGAAGAUAACAGCGGAGGUUGAGGAGACAACGGGCCCGGAAGCGACGGUUUCCUCGGAAAGCGAACGAGAUGUUCUUGAAGAUCCAUCUGCUGGGAUUAACAAGCCCAGUACUGCGAAGCUCGACGACCAAGUCCAGAAAGACGACAAGGCGGCCUACUUUUCGGAAGCCGAAGAUGCGGAUGCUGUCGUACCAGAUGCGGGGCCACGUGCUGUGAUCCGUGUCGAGACUCUCGCGAAGUCGCGCGGAGCUUCCGAUUGGCCGAACGCCAUUCUAUACGUCUAUGAGGGCAAGAUUGUUGUGGAACUUGAGAAUAACGAUGGCCCAGACCGACCAUAUACGACAAUAGACCUCACGAGUGGUAUUCCACAUCUGGGCCGCCGACGUGGGGAUCCUGGAAUCGGCCAUGUGGAUACGGCGUGUCUACGGGUGACAAGCAGGGGAGACUGGGAAGAGGGAGGCUGGGAAAGUACAUGGUACUUUCGCAGCCACGGAGAGUCUGAUACAGACGCAAUGUUCAAUGUCCUUCAGGAAGCCGUCGAUCGCAAUAUGAAAGUGGAGCAGAAAACGGCGUCUACUGAGGUGGAAGAAACGACAAACCCGGGGCCAACAACUGCGCCGAUUGCACAGCGCGAGGAAACUGGGGAUGCUUUCGAUGCAUCAUCUUAUCCCGAAUGGAACCAAAGAUUACGCGACAUCAAAGAUCAAGCCGAUGACAAACACCGCACCAGAGAAGAAACCGUUCCAGCAUACGACGCGCCAGGAGAUAGUACAUCCAACUCGGGCAGUGCGUCAGCAGAUUCGGAGCCAGAGUCAGGACAACCUAGUCUAGACGCACGUAUCCUUGCUUACCUCGACAAUGAUCUCAAUACCCGAUCUGGCUUGUACACCUCGUACAUAGGUCAGAACUUCAAGGAGAUCGCUUCUGCAUUCGAAAACCGGCACGCUACGUCCAUCGCUCGGGCUUUGCGAAGGCUAGCUGCAAAAAGAAUAGUUCAUAACACUGUUGAUGAUGAGACAUGGGUUAUCUCGAAACCAUACACCAAGCUUCGUACAUCAGAUCAAGAGGACCAACCAGAGAAACCAAGCGAGACUGGUACAGAUGCUCUCGCUGAUCAAGUCUUGAUUUACAUGAAUCGUGUAGGCGGUAGAACACUGCUCGUUUCCAUGGUCAAGAAGUUUCAAACUUCUACUGACGCAUUAUGGCCUGCGAUUAGGUACCUAAAAACCAGCGAAUUCAUCUCUAGUCAGGCUCGCGAUCAGAUCUGGAUUUUGACCGACAAGGGUAGAACAAGAGUACGUGAGUUACAGGCGAAAUCAGCAGAAGCAGGAAACGACAUCGCGCAAGUUACUGGAUCGACCCCGGGUGCGACACCUAGCCCAUCUAGCUACUGGUCUAUCUCCGAAUUACAGGAUUUCGAAAUCAAUGUUGCACGCUUUGGCACGGACUGGACAGCAAUGGCGAAUCACAUGGUUACAAAAACACCUACUAUGCUCAAGAACAACUACCUACAUCUUGUGGAAAUUGGAAACCCGGAAUUGGAGCAGUCAGCAAAAGAGACAGAUGCUCGAAACGCUCUCGCUUCUCAACAACUUGCUACGGAGUCGCUCGAGUCCAUGGAACAGCCCGCCUCAGAUGAGGGCAACGCUACUGCUGAAGAGCGCGAUGAUUCCAAAGCUCAGCCAGAGAAAGCUUCCAACCAGGAUGAGGACACAUCAAACACCUUAGCCGACCGUGCUUUAUCUUACCUGAGAAGCCUGUCUGGAGUGAGCGAAAACAUAUCAGAUCUCGCGACUGCAUUUGAUACUCCGGUCGCUGAGCUUCAACCAGUACUCAAACAGUUGAGAUCUGAUGGGUUGGUGCAUAAUACGGGGGAUAAUUCGACUUGGGCUGCGGCAAUCUCAACUCGUCAUUUUCGUCCACAAUCGACUCGCGCGAAUCCCGCGCCCCAUUCUCGAAUUGCAAAGUCAGGUGUCUUGCCGCGUUCUGGUGGUGGUGGUGGCUACAACAUUUAUCCAUGCCCGAACUGGCAAAAGCAAGGCCACCCCUCAGUCUACGACUUUGUUGACAGAAAGGAUCAGAUGUGCGCUCAUUGCGUUCAAGCUCAGAAACGGGAAGAUACGAGCACGGAGAGCGCCACACAUGAUGAUAGCACUUCAAAAACCCACAUUCAGCCGACCGGUUUAGGGUCUUCGAUCAUGGACGCUGCAGUUACUAGCGGAAAUUCGAGUCCGGUCGACGAAAGCGUCCUUACAAUUGAGGACUGGGUCAAGCGAGCGGAAGAGUUACAGGCAAAGGACUCCCAGGUCCUGCAGAAACCUCCAGAGGAGAGUCGUUUCGUGUUUCCAGGGGAGACUCAAUCCCUGUUCGCCGAACGAGGCAGCGACUCAGGCGAAGACUCACAGAUGGGACGGUCAGAUCGUGAUGAGUUUGUAGAGAGCGUUGAGAGCAGGGCCAGGGCAGAAAGACACGCAGGAUUGAGUGACUGGGAAACCGAAGAAGAUACGGAUACAGAUGAUGCAAUGGUCAUGAACUUUUCGCAAAAGAAGAAGAAGAACUUACCGGGCUCAAUCCAUGUCAAGCGCAGCAAGAGUCACAGCCAAAGCCAAAACGUCGAGGCAGAAGAUAGCAAUUCCGAUGCCAACAUUCUCGAUCUCAACGUUGCUUCACUCGAGAAGGGAGGGAAUGAUCGCAAAACCCUGAACUCCAAGCGCGGGUUGCUCUACGAGGAGGAGGCAGCAGCAGAGAAGCGCCUGGCUGCGGAGCACUACGCUGUCGAGGUCCGCGACCCAUCAUCACAGGACAUCCGUGAGCACCGGUCGUCUGGCCACUACCACUCUGAAGAGCCAAAAGAGUUCACACCAAAAUCUCCUACUACAAACCGAGCUUCCAGUUGGAGAGACGGCAGGGGCGCAAAAGAGAGGGAACGAACCAAGUCCAGCAAAUCACUAGCAGAUGACAUCCGAGAAGACACGGAACCAGGCACAGCGAGUAGGUUGAGACGAAUGAAGAGUGCAAGGGAAAGGAGACACAAAGAACCGAGCAAGGCAAAAAAGAACGAUAUCGACGACGAACUGGAGGACUACGAUGGACAAGAGGAGGACUUUGUGGACAAUGAGGCUCCACACUAG